AUGGAUGAAUUUCAGACAUCAUCUACAAAUUCGCCGCGCAAAUCCGGCUUGAAUCUGGGAAUAUCAGUCCUUGAGACCCGCCGUCGAAGCCCUGCUCCAAACUCCUCCAAAGUUACAAAGGCAUCAUCCACACCAAGGAAAGAAAGUAGUGGCAAUUCCUCAGUUGAUUCUCCUUCUUUGAGUUCGAAUAAUGAUAAUCAUUUGUCGGAUAAAUUGAGAGUUUUGGCCACAACGGAAAUGGAGAUCCUGGAGAUCAAGGAACAAAUUAAGGCAUUACUAGAGAAAAAGAGACAAAAAGAACACCGCGUUAACAAGCUUAAAACUGAAAUUGAAAGAUCCUUAUACAAGCAAGUACAUGACCAGGUCCAAAGUGUGGAAAAAAUAUCCUCAAAUCCACCUCCAGUCGUAACGAGAUCGCCUUCAUCUAGCCAAAGACCCCACAAACUAGAUGUGGAAGUAGGUGUGCACAAAGAUCCCUUAAGGACAACGAAUCCUAAUGAAGGUUUAAAAUCGGUAGAUGGCAAGCAAAAGGAUACCCCAAAUUCCUGGUUAUCCAAACCGUUGAGCUAUCUCCAACAGUUUGAUACAUUGAUACAACAUGAAUUUGAGAAACUAAAUCUCAUGGACGAGUUAUCCGCACCCAACUCUCACGCAACUAACGAAUCGAAUAAAACACAGAAUUCUAUGAGCUCACAAUUAUGGACUUUCAUGAAUGAAGUGAAGUCAAAUUUGAUGCUUAAUGUGGAAGAAGAUUCUACGGAUACCCAAUCAAAUAUUCCAGAAUCAUGGGGAAAUUCUCAAGAAACACAGCAGACUGAUUAUAAAGACGUAGAGCUUCACCCGAUGGAAAAAGAGUCAAGUUUCACAACGCUUAAUUCUCUAGGAAAACCACAAGAUUCUUGA